AGUGCAGCAGCAGCGCCUUCCCCCGCAGCCUGCGCAAACCAGUGACAUGCCCUGCCCAUGUCGCAAGCCCCUCAACUAGGGCCGCCAGCCGCUUCUUCCAGUGCGGGCCCAGCACUGCACUCGAGCUGCUGCAUCGCUAGACCCUUUCCACUCUACCCGUGAGACCCUACUCCUUGUGCGACCCUGCCCUUCUUCCUCACGCACAACUUCUUCACCGCGUCGCCAGACCGCCAGAUUCAAAUACCAGCGACCUCAUGCCAUGAUGGGAAGCGACUGGCAUCCACGCAGGCACCCGCAGCCCGACCCCAACCACUUUCCCCAGCGCACCCUCCCCAGCUUUGCUGAGCUGACCUCGUCGUCCGACUCAGGCCUGCACCGCCCGCGUGACAACGUGCCGCCGCCGCCGACGCCCCAAGAUCGUCCUGUCUCGCAGCAGACGUCGCCGUCCACGCUCGCUGCGCUCGACUUUGCGCAUCCAAACUCACAUUCCAGCGCCUUCACCGCAGUCAAUCACGCGAGCCCGCACGUCAGCCCCACCAACACCAGAAUUCCACCCCUGGGCCCCGAACAUCAACCAUUUUCUCUCUCACUGCCCCAGGCUCCACCUGCUGCCUAUAGUCCGCCUGUCUCUUCCUCUGCAUCUUCGCAGCCACCACCACAUCCAUCCGCCAGCGUCCGCCAAGACUCGGCCAUCUCCCAUCGCUUUGAAAUCUCCAAAGAAGCCGAACCCACUCUCCCCUCCUCUGUGCUGGCCUUUUCUUACUUCCACCCUGCUGCGGGUAAUGGUCGUCAGUCUAACACGUCCCGUCCCAUCUCACAUCCAGCUGUGCCUUCCUCGCCACACUCUCCAGCGAGCGAUAACCGCUCAAAUCAGGCACCCGUAGAGGCAGGAACCCGUCAUCCAAACGGUGCACCCUCCCCACCAUUAUCCUCAGGCCCCCACGCUUUCGCCGAAUCGUCCAGGUCGCCAGAGCAGGCUCGAGACGCCAACCCAGAUUCUGCAUCCAGGAGACCACUGCCUUCUCCAACAUUAGAUCAAACAAACGGUGGCGGGCGACAUCAACGCUACAACGUAAGAUUCAACACCGUCUACACCUCGGAAAACAUGCCGCCAAACCAGAGACCCCGGCCAGACCCCCUUCCGGCAGCCCCUGUGCCAGUGGAGACUCCCGAAGAACAGCCAUCGCCUGAGCACACCAUCGCACCCUCUGUGGAACAGGCCAUCUUGGCUAUUAGCUCUGCGCCCCCUCCUCCUGAGGAUCCAGCCCAGCUUCAGCAGCAAAAUACGCCCCAAGUGGAGCGAUGCAAGAACUGCGGUGUCCGCUGGAAGCGGCCCUUACCCGGAGAGAACCAGUUUCGUCUGAGUUCACCAGCACAGAAUAUACACGAACAGACAAGACUGACCCAGGACUACAUCAAACGACUGGAGAACCACACCAAGUAUGCCGAUGAAGCCUACGCACAUUGGGUACGCCAACAUCAAAUGUGUCCAGCAGCCGUAACCAGUCCGUCCGACACGGAAGCUCCGCACAAGUCACGGAGCAGAAGCAUAGAAGACCCUUCGCCACCUAAUGCUCCAGCCUAUCCCGUUUCCGCCAAGCGAAAGUCCGAGAUACCUCACGAGGCCUCCAAGUAUCGGAAAGUAGUAACAUUCGACCCUCCUUCCAACUCGACACCGCCUGUUCGCCCGACCGCUCCAGCAUAGGUCGUAAUGUCUAUGCCAUCUCCUUCACGAUUACGCUUCAGCACACGAAAGUUCUCAUUCGAUUCACGUUCGCAUUUGCAUUGGGGUUGGUGUUCCAUGACAGCAAAAGAAGAGCCUCCGCUAUACCCACAUCCGGUCCUCUUCUCGCUUUUGACU